AUGGUUCCGACCAAAGUAUUCGCUAAUGGAGCGGCCUGUGGACGGGUGUACGAAAUCCGUUGUGUUGGCGCGGUGAACGCUUUCCCGCAUCCUUGCAAAGGGACGCGGCGGGUGACCGUCACUGUUGCGAAUCAGUGCGGCGGAGACUGUGACACUUUCACAGUCUCCGCCGACGCUUUCGAUGUAAUAGCCAAACGUGAGGCCGGCCGCGUUCGGAUCGCUUACAAACGGUAA